AUGACGAAAACCUUCCCUUCAAGGCAAAGCGGACCCGAGAAAACACUUAAAUACGUCGUCAUGGAGAACGACACAGUACGCUUCCGUGUCACGUUGGAAGACGAAGUACCUGCGGGUCAGCAACCAAACAUAGUUGGUGUUGAUGCAUUCGUGAUCGUUCUCGACGAGAAUGACAAUCCCCCACAUUUUCUGGGUGUACCGUACGAAGCCGUCGCCGAGGAGGAUCUUCCAAUUGGCUCGACAAUUCUUCCAGGCAUUAGAGUAAUGGAUCCUGACUUAUUGGGGGACAUCAUAGAUCUAACCUGUGUACCUCAGCCACAAUUCCUCGACGCCUGCGAAAAGUUCGGCAUAGUUAAUGUGGAGAGAAGCCAAAACUCGUAUGUGGGCGCGCUAGUGUUGCGGCAGCCACUCGACUACAGGGAGAGGCCCUUUUAUCAACUGCUACUCAUGGCAACUGAUGGUCUGAACAAUGAAACCACGGGGGUCGAAAUCAAAGUAGCGGACAUUCAGAAUAGCCCGCCGGAAUUUCUAGACUCAUUAACUGGUGUGGUGCGCGAGGACGAUCCCAUUGGAACACUGGUUAUGACUAUCAAAGCCAGGGAAAUGCCGAGGAAAAUGAUCUAUGAAUUGGUCACUAAUCCGUUCGACUAUUUCCUGUUGGACGACGAAACGGGUGAAUUAAGGACAGCGAAGCCAUUGAAUAGGGAAGCGUUGAAGGAUUCGACUGGAGUACUCACGUUGAAGGUAAAAGCACGGGAAUUAAUCGAUGGAAUGCCAGGCAAUGAUGGUUUGACGGUUUCGACGGCCGAAGCUACGGUGACAAUAAAGGACGUGAACGAUGAACCUCCAACAUUUAAUCACCGCGAGUACAAUAUCGAAAUUCCAGAGAAUGUGCCGAACGGAACGCCUUUGCCGUAUUUGGAUAUGACUGUCAGGGAUCCUGAUGUAGGCUUGAACUCCGUAUUCUCGUUACGUCUAGAAGAUAUUACGGAUGGAGCAUUUACUAUCGAACCGACUAUGGCAACUGGAAGCACGUCCGUGAACAUUCGUGUCGCCAAUGGCUCACUCGAUUACGAAAAUCCGAACCAACGGAAAUUUAUCAUUCUGGUCGUCGCGGAAGAGGUUCACACAAAUCCUAAGCUUUCUUCUACUGCAACUGUGACCGUCUCCAUUACGGAUGCAAACGAUAACUCACCCUCUUUCAGUAGAGCGACUUAUACAGCCACGGUAUUGGAAACUGCACCACCUGCAACACCCGUUAUAACUAUCACUGCCAAAGAUCGUGAUAGUGGAAGGAGUACAAGAGGCCUACGGCUUGCCUAUUGGAAGUGUGUUGUCUUUAGUUUGGAUUUAGAUAAUUUAUGGCAGGAUUACUCGAAGCUAGCAGGAAUAGCUUAUCAGUUGUUAGGCCAAGGAGCACAGCAUUUUGCUGUAGACAAAAAGACUGGAACCAUCACAGUAGCCUCUUGUUCAACACCUGGAACUUCACCGUGCCUAGAUUAUGAAGAACAAACAGAAUAUUUCCUCACAUACAAGGCAACUGACAAUGGCGGGCAAGGCCAAACAACCAGCGUCUCCUUGCGUAUUAGUUUGUCAGAUGCCAAUGACAGUCCUCCACGAUUUUUACAAGACAAAUACCGCACGGUAAUCGACGAAGGUGCUCAAAAAUUUGAGCCAGAUCUAAAAGUGCAAGCCAGAGACAAAGACAAAACGUCCAAAAUUACAUACACGAUAGUCGAUGGCAAUGAUCUCGGACUCUUUGCCAUAGAUCAAGAUUCUGGUGAAAUUACAAUAAAAAAUAAAGGUUCGGUGGAUUUAAAAAAUUCAACCUGUGAUUGGAUCGCACUUGUUAUACUAGCAAACGAUGGAAUCUUUGUUGAUUCUGCCACUGUUAAUAUUACAAUCCGAGAUGUUAAUAAUAAUGCACCUAUCUUCCCACAUGAUUUAUAUACUGCUAGCAUUCCAGAAAUAUCUCCUAUUGGAACGGUGGUAGAGGAAGUAACAGCAACUGAUGCUGACACAGGAGUUAAUGCAGAACUGAUUUACAGAAUACAAAAGGGUGCUUUCGAUGACUUCACCAUUAAUGAAACAACAGGCAUAGUAACAGUGUUUAGAAAAUUAGAUUAUGAUAAUAAAAACACAUAUCACGUGGAAGCGAUCGCAUUCGAUAAAGGAACUCCCAGUUUAACUGGAACAACAACAAUAAUGAUAAAUGUUGAAAACAGUAAUGACAAGGCUCCAUACUUCACACCAGAAACACAACGUGCUGAAGUCACAGAAGACACCCCCAUUGGUACUGUUUUUACGACACUAAAAGCUACAGACCCUGAUAGUCCUGAUUUGGAAGCAUUAAAUUUUGCCAUUUCUGAACCUAUCACAGCAAUUGACAGGAACGGACAAAAGGUCAAUGAUAGCAAAUCCUUCAAGGAUUUCUUUGCGAUCGAUCGUGCAACUGGUCAAGCAUCGGUCGUUAGACCUCUUGAUCGUGAUAUUGCAGCAACAGUAAGCAUCACUGUCGUUGUUAGUGACACAACAGCACCCACUUUACAACAAGGAAGAGGUACUCUAGUAGUCACGAUUAUUGAUGUGAAUCACAUGGCACCAGAAUUCUUGAAACCAUGGACAAGAGAAAAUCCACGGUAUUUAAUAGAAAUGCAAGAGGAACAACCAACAGGAGCGGUGGUAGGAGCGUUCACUGCUGUAGACACAGAUAGCAAUAUUGCAGGAUAUGCGAUAGAACCUCCAAGUCCCUAUUUCAACAUAGACAAUAUCACAGGAAUUGUACGGACCAGUCAAGUAAUCAAUUACGAAGAAACAAAACAGUUGGAGUUUACAGUGCUUGCCUACGAUUCUGGAGUGCCUCAGUUAUCAGCAACAGCAAAAGUUACAGUUACUGUAAUAAACGUAAACGACCAAGAUCCUAAAUUUGAAAAAGAAUUUUACAAUGCAUCUGUGAAAGAAAAUUCACCGGCAGGGAUUCAUGUUACUGUUGUGAAAGCAAUAGAUGGGGAUGAAGGACCAUUUGGAGAAGUCAGUUACAGUCUCAUCGGUGACCAUGCGGCUGAUUUUAAUAUAGGCCAUGAAACUGGAGAAAUUACUGUUGGUAGCGCUGCUGUUCUAGACAGAGAAAUAACACCUGAACUUACAAUAACCGUAAUGGCUAGUGAUGGGGCCCAUAUAAACGCUCGUCGAAGCACCACCGUUCCAGUGCUUGUGAAACUUAUAGAUGUCAAUGACAAUCGACCAAUAUUUUCACAACAUAGUUACAGAGCUUCUGUAGCUGAAAAUUUGCCUGUAAAUCCACCUGCACCAAUUUUACAAGUAAGAGCUGUGGAUCAUGACGAUGGAAUACAUGGAGAAGUUUGGUAUACUAUAACCAGUGGGAACGAGAAUGAAUCAUUUUUAUUAAACCGUGAAACGGGUAUUUUGUAUCCUGGUGCAGCCCUUCUCGGUAGAGCUGGCUCAUACAGAAUUGAAGUAGAAGCAAGAGAUGGUGCUGGUAGUGGUCCACAUUCGGACAAGUGUUAUGUUGACAUACGAGUGACAUCAGUGAAUCAACACAAACCCCAAUUUGUUUUACCGGAAUUAACAAAUGCUACUGUUGAAGUGCCUGAGAAUGCUGGUAUACCAAAUUACUUGAUAUUAACAGUAAAAGCGAUUGAUAGAGAUCCCGGUGAAAAUGGACACGUGAGUUAUCAUUUGAAGGUUGGAAAUCUCAAUACUCAAGAGACGGAAGAGUUUUCAAUAGAUCAAAAAACUGGAGAGUUACGAUCGAAGAUUAUUCUUGAUCGUGAAGCAAAAAGCAAAUUUGAGCUUGUUCUUGUUGCUACCGACCAUGGUACACCUACAGCAUAUGAAACUCUACGGCUGCUUACUGUACAAUUAGUCGACACAAACGAUAACACGCCAGAAUUUUACAAUGAGUAUCAUUUCCAAUUAUCAGAAAAUCGUCCAAAGGAUUACUUUGUAGGAAAAGUAACUGCGGAAGAUAAAGAUGAAGGCACGCAUGCAAAAGUUUACUACUACAUAGAAGCUGGAAACGAAGGCUAUACUUUUUACAUGGACAAAACCGACGGCAGUAUUUAUGCAAAUAAAUCAUUUGAUCGUGAAACCCAAGAUAAAUAUGUUUUGUCAAUUCUGGCCACCAAUGAUCCUGAUAUUUACAUAAAUCCAGUGGACUCAGGGCGUCCCGUGGCGAAAAGUACAAAUCACGGACAUGUUAAUGUAACUAUAACCAUUCUAGAUGAAAAUGAUAACUCACCAAUUUUUGAGCGGAAUGUCUACUACGCUGGUGUUAAUUCAAUGGCCAAUGUGAACGAUUUCGUCACAAAAGUAACUGCGUCAGAUCUAGACGUUGGUGACAAUGGUACGCUUCAUUAUUACGUUGCCGGUGCAAAUCUUUAUAAAUAUGGAUCAGAGAAACCUAGUGGUUCCAUAGUACCAAGUCCUUUCAAUGUGACUCAGGAUGGUAAACUAGUGACAAGUGGAUACAUGGCUGAAUAUAAUCAGGACAGAUUUAUUGUUGAAGUAAUAGCGAAGGAAACUGCUAUUCCAGAAAGAUAUGCAAUGACCAGAGUUCAUGUUUGGGUAUUUGAGCCUUCUCAAUUAAUAAGAGUUAUCUUGUCACGGCCACCUGAAGAAGUAAAUCGUGAGCGCGAUGAAAUUGUCUCAGAAUUAUCAAAUGCAACGCAAAGUAGGAUUGUUGUUGAUGAUAUCCGGUACCAUGUAGAUGCAUCAGGACACAUUCGCCGAGAAUGGUGUGAUAUGUAUUUACACGUUGUUGAAUCAAAAACUCAGACCAUUGCUCCUAUUCCACAAGUACUUAAAGUCAUUGAUGCAAAAUAUGACUUCUUGAAAGAUUACUACGCAGGUUUUGCUAUUGAGAAUGUUGUACCUGCUUAUGCUGGAGUACAAGAAGAACCUUUUGAUCCUGCAUUAGCAGCUUUGAUAGCUUUAUUAGUAGUUCUACUAGUUGGCGCAGUUACAGUAACAGUCGUUUGUUGUUGUUUGCGUCAUUGGGUGAUUACUGUGCCAAGUGAUAUAAGAAAAAAAGAUGGAUUAAUAAAGAAGCAAAUUAUUGAUGAAUUAAAUACCACGGAAAAUCCUUUAUGGAUUGAACAAAAACUUAAACUCUACGAGGAACAGGAGCUAACAAUGCAAGUAUUCAGUGAACCUGAGGGCGGUCUAGGUACAGAGAGACGUGGAAGUGGUGUCAGCGUUGGUAUGGGUGAUACAUCUCAGGAUAAUACUUACGCGACUAUACAACGUCCACUGCCUACAAGCAGGCACCGUCCAACAACACCCGAUUAUACAACGCUUCCAGGAAACCACAGUCUUUACGAAUCAGCAAUGGGUUUCCAAGGAUCAACGUUUCAGCCAUCUUCCAAUGUAAUGCCACAACUUACACUCGAUUGCGAUGGCCAACCCCAGUUCGUUUCAGGACUAGUAUAAAUUAAGUU